UCCUUCUCACCACCACCAACCCGAUCUCUACCCUAAGCCCCAUCCGAUCUCACCCGCAUCCUCUAUUGAGCACAUACAUUACCCAUGGCUGGCCGAUUCGUGAGAGCGUCGAAAUAUCGGCACGUCUUCGGCCAAUCGACUCGGCGAGAGCAAUGCUACGAUAACCUCCGCAUCUCCAAAAAUGCCUGGGACACGAAUCUGAUCAAGGCCAAUCCCAAAUACCUCUCCGUCAAUUGGGAAGCCGGUGGAGGAGGCGCAUUCGCCGUGAUACCCCUGGAAGAGCGAGGAAAGCUGCCGGAGUUGUUGCCUUUGUUCCGUGGACAUACCGCCGUCGUGUUGGAUACCGAUUGGAGUCCAUUUGACGAUUCAAUCCUCGCUUCGGCUUCGGACGAUGGCAAGGUCUUCUUGUGGCAGGUGCCGGACAACUUCACCUUGCGUACGGACGCAGAGGAGCCGGAGGAUGUCAAGCCGGUAGGCAAGCUGAGCGGCCACUCAAGAAAGGUUGGCCAUGUGCUCUUCAAUCCCGCCGCCGAGAACGUCCUUGCGUCCUCGUCCGGCGACUAUACGAUCAAGAUCUGGGAUCUGGAAGAUGGCAAGUCAAAAUUGACUUUGAAAGGAAAUGACAUAUUCACAUCACUCUCAUGGAGCGCCAAUGGCAACAUGCUGGUAACUACAUCGCGCGACAAGAAGCUGCGAUUCUGGGAUGUCCGUCAGGAGAAGCCGGCGCAUGAGGUACCUGGACAUGGAGGUGCCAAGAACAGCAGAGUGGUGUGGUUGGGAGAUCAUGACCGUGUGGCCACGACAGGAUUCUCGAAGAUGAGCGAGCGACAACUAGGAUUGUGGGAUCUUCGGAACCCAGAAAAGCCCGUCGGCGGUGACUUCGAGCCUCUGGACUCAGGCUCCGGCAUUAGUAUGCCAUUCUGGGACGACGGCUGCCAAAUGCUCUACCUCGCAGGCAAGGGCGAUGGCAACAUUCGCUACUACGAAUACCAAAACGACAAGUUCGAGUAUCUCUCCGAGUACCGAUCACCGGACCCACAACGCGGAAUUGCCUUCAUUCCGAAGCGCGGAGUGAGCACUCACGACAACGAGGUCAUGCGAGCUUUCAAGACAGUCGGAGACGCCUACAUCGAACCUAUAUCAUUCGUCGUGCCACGGCGAGCCGAAACGUUUCAGGAAGACAUCUACCCGCCCACUGUUGGAACCACUCCAGCCGCUACCAGCGGAGAGUGGUUCGGUGGAAAGACCGGUCUACCUCCUAAAUUCUCCCUGGAGGAUUUGUACGACGGCAACGAGCCACAAAUGAUGGCCGCGCCGAAAGCAACCGCCACUUCAUCAGCACCCGCUCCAGCUCCCGCAGCCGCCACUGCAAUUUCUGCCCCUCGAUCUCAACCCGAGCCCACCGCGACGAAACCCGACCCGACACCAGCACCUACACAAUCCGCACCAGCGCACCGCGAAAUGCCCAAAGUCGGCGCCAAUAAACAAAGCAUGGAGUCGGCCGCUUCGAAAUUCGCCGACAACGAGGAAGAUCCAGGGCACGUCAGUGAUGCCAGCUCUUUUGAAGAGAUUCAAAAACCCGUUGUGCGACCGUCCGUCAUGGCUGCGCGGCAGGAAUUCGAGGCAAAGUCGGAGCCACCGAAAGCUUCUCCUGUCUCCGCUUCCGAGCCCAAGAGCUUGGCGAAAGAUACCUUCACCGGCGAGGGCCUCUCUGCUGUAUCUGGCGUGCCUGCACCGGAAGUGAGGGAGAAGGUCCAGGCCGAAGAGGCGAAAACUGCACCGGCUACUGCAACGGCUGCGACGAACAGCAGGCCGAGUACGGCGACCUCCACACCUCCAUCUGCAAGCGCCGCUGCAGGUGGACUGAAAGAUGUGCUAAUGGAGAUCCGCUCGAUGUUGCAAUCUCAAGGCCAACAAAUCAAGGAUCUGACCGACGAAGUCGCGCAGUUGAAGGCCAAGGUUUCGGAGUAGGUCUCCGGAUCACAUCAGCCUCAGCAGAGCGACGGACAUGGAGGUGACGGAGGACGACUUGU